AUGGCAGGCCCAAGGUUCACAACAGGAUGGAGGAGAUUUGUCCCAAUCAUAGGAUACCAUCAUGUCCUUAUGAUCUUCAUAGCCAUUGCAAUCAUCUUAUUAUCCCUUCUCCUGGCAGGCUGCUCUUCCACAUCCCCGCUAAUUCCGGACAUAUACCUCAUCUCACUGUACUACCAGCAAUACCCUCCUGUGUUCAGCCCUGUCCAGGUCGAUCCUUCAGUCAGUACAGCCAUUGCAAACAUUGUCGGCAACGCAGAUCUCAAUGUCAGGGUGGGAUAUUUUGGAAUUUGUGUCCGCGUGGACAGUGGUGCGUGGAUGUGCAAUCAGAACUCGACCGCGCUGGCCGAUCUAGUCAGCAUUGACCAAGAUCCGCUUAAUCUGAUCUGGGUUGCCAGCACCUUCAAGAAUGCCAUCGUGUUCCCAUACCUCCUCAUCAUCGCCGUCGUCCUUGCCUUCCUCACCUUCCUGCUGUUGGCAACAUUUCCUGGUUGGCACACUAGCACGGGUCCUGAUGGCUCCGAGCAUGAGGUCCGACCGUUUCCUUCAAGGGCUGUGUCGCAAGUGGCGUUGGCUACAAUUUUUAUUUCAUCGGUAUUUGUGCUGGUGUCAGUGAUGUGGCAGCAUACCGCAGCUGUAGCAGCGAGUACGGUGGCACAAGAUCUGGGAAAUGGCAGUGUCAAAUCGGGAGUCGGAACAGCCGCAAUGGUUUUGGGUUGGUUUGGCUUUGGCCUCCUGGUCGUUGUGACCCUCGGCUUGCUGGUGAUGAUAUUGAGUAUUCAAUUAUUGGAUCGACUCACCGAGGAGGUAUGA